GUGUUCUUGUCGUGGGCGAUCCCAGGCUGCAGCGAUGCUUGCCCCUCGUCAUGGAUCAACGACGGAUAUUGCGACAAGGCGUGCAACAACACCGAGUGCGACUGGGACGGCGGCGACUGCAGCGGUGAGAAAGGUCGUCAGCCGGCGGCCGACUUUGCGUUCGGCGACCUGGCGGACAGCGAGAGCCACUGCAGCCGCGGCUGCGCCAACUCGUGGGUGGCGGACAAGUACUGCGACGGCGUGUGCAGCACAUACGAGUGCGCGUUCGACGCCGGAGACUGCGGCGACAAGUCCUUCCAUCACAUGUUCCGCGUCGCCGUCACCAACAAUGACAGCAGCUACGAGCUGCCGUCAG